ACUUCCUUAACCGCUAAACGAUAGCAAUCAUGAAGUUUUUCUCCGUACUUGUGGUUGCUGUAUCUCUCUUCGAGGCUAGCGCCCUCCCCGUUGAGUCAACUGGAGCUGAGAAUCUUAGUCGCGUCAAGAACGCAGCCAAAAUCCCACCAUUCACCGGCGGAGUCGCGUUUCCAAAACGACAGAGCGACAAAGACACAAUCAUUAGAGAAAGAAGCAGAAAGGUUCAGAACCCAGCGAAAGCGCCACCUUUCACAGGAGGAGUUACGUUCCCAAAACGGCAGAGUGAUAAAGAUACGAUUAUCAGAGAAAGAGAUAGAAAGGUCCAGAACCCGGCGAGAGUCCCUCCCUUCACAGGAAGCCCUGCUUUCACUGGUCGUUGAAGUUGGC